GCAAUUCAAUGGGCUGAAUCGAGGUUAUGUUGCCCUUCCGCGCAAUCUUGUUCACGAGCACAUGAAAUCGUGAAAUCACAGGUUACAGGUUUUCGGAUAGUUGACUUGUCAAAUAUUUUUCACAUUUAUAAGCCGAACUAGCUAAAUUAGAAAAUGUCUUCAUGGAAAAAGGCAGCGAAAACGGGUCAGAAGACUCACCGGGAGCGUCACCAGCCAGAGUCAAGAAAGCAUCUGGGUUUGUUGGAGAAAAAGAAAGAUUACGUGCUGAGAGCAAAAGACUACAAUGACAAGCAAGCGACUCUGAAGCUCCUGAGGCGCAGGGCAUUGAACAAAAACCCUGACGAGUUUCAUUUUCACAUGAUAAACUCGAAAGUGGAAAAUGGGAUUCACAGAGAGAAAGAGAAGGAAGAGGAACACACGGAGAGUCAAUUGAAACUGAUGGAAACUCAAGAUCUCAAGUACGUUGCUUACAAGAGAAACUUGGAAGCAAAAAAGGUUGAAAAAAUGCAAAGUCGACUCCACAUGAUCGACGCUGUCAACGAUAUCCCCAACAAACACUUGUUCUUUGUCGACAAUGCGAAAGAAGCCAAAAAUUUCGAUCUUGCUACAAAACUCGACACUCAUCCGGCUCUCUUAGGACGAAGGACGAACAGACCACGAUUGAGCAAGUUGAAAGAAAUGAGAUUACCCGAAAUCGACGAUCGCACUCUUGCCACAUUAGAGCAACAAAAACACAUGGCUUACAAAGAAUUGGACAAGAGGAUCGAACGCGAACGUGAGCUGACGAUUGUUCAACAAAAACUGGAAAUUCGACGAGCUCUCAAGGAAAAGGUCGCGACGAAACCCAAAAAAAUACGUGAUGGUAGCAAUCACAACGCACCUCUGUAUAAAUGGAAAUUCCAGAGGAAGCGAUAAUGUUCUGCUCCUAAUCUUAAUAAAAAUUCAAAAAUCGGUGGAAUUCUGUUUGGGAAAUGUUCGGUUCUGUUAUGAAAAUCGUACCUUCCGGUUUGAUCGGGGACUGUCGGAACUUCGUCGAACGGCUCGUCAGCAACGGCCAGGUUUUUCGGUGGUAAAUUUCCAGCUUCGAGUGGAAGUUUAAGACCAUUUGGAACGGAGUCGUUGACAGUUUGAAUAGGAGAUUUGAGCUUUUCGGUCAUCGGUCCUGCAUGGCCCUUCGUAUUGACGAUGCUGCUCUUACGCAAUUUCAAUCUCGUUCCUCGACGCUUUCGGGCCCCAACAAUCGCUGUUAGCGAUUCCAGCUUCUCGGAGAUUUCGGCUUCCGGUUCUUCUGUUGAUGGAACUGGCUCGACGCCCAUUAAACUAUUCGGUGGCAUUUCUGGUCGCAUGUCCGGUGGCAUGCCUGGUGGAACAUCCGGCAUCUCCGAAGGAACAUCGGGCUUCAUAGGCCCCUGCGUCGGUGUUGUUCCUUCGGUCAUAGGCAUUUCGUCGCCCAUUGGACUGGUCAUUCUCGACAUCAUCAUAGACGUGCUGCCCGUCGCGGCCGGAAGUUCCGUCGAGAUGCUGACGCACGUGUAAUCGAUUUGCCAUUCCUGAAUUUUCGUAACGAUCUGAUGCCUAACGCACGCCGUAAGUGAUCGUGGAAAUUGAUUGAGCUCCGUUACGUUCACGCAUAUCGCUGAAAAAAGACUCCCCGGUAUCGCCGAACACAUUUUGAAGGGACGGUAAUCUACGGAAUCAAGAAAACCAUUUUAGUCGAACCUCCUUUCGCCCGUUCAUUUUAGACCGAUUUUAACUAUUUUCGAAGCUGCUAAUGGUCUCGAAAUUCAAUGAAAAAUUUGGCUUUGAAGAUCGACGUUCCAAGCUCUGAACAUCAAUUUUAAAUACUAAUAAGUUUCUACCAAUCUUUCUGAAUUAUCUCAAUCUCACGGUGUAUUUCAACCACCAUUAACUGUUAAUGAAACUAUAGUUUAUUACUUGUUGUUGUCAUAGUCUUUAUACUGUCUGUGUCCAGGGAAAUGUCGACAUUUAAUCCAUUUCUUUGGUACACGAAAUUGGAGCAAACUAAAAAAUAGAAAAAAAGAGUAUCAACAGCUAAUUAAGAGUGGAAUAACGUCGUUGAAAUUAGUAUUCGAAGCCAACGUACGUUCUCUCCUUCGUUUGGUGUAAAGCAGAGUUACGGUUACGCAGCACGAGCACGAAAAUGUUGUCGAGCAUUUGCAUGGCCUUUCUGUUAUGACGUACUUUCGAUAGAACAGAAAUCCUUUGUUUUUCGUUACUCCUGUUUGUUUAAAAGUAACGAAAAAUAAUGAAAAUUGUAUUUUUGAAGAGGAAAUCCGGAUUCGUAUGGAAAAUUUGGAACAAAAAACGGCCCUUGGAAACGUGACGAAACUUUUUUUUGCACUAAAAUUAGCUGUCUUCAGUAAGCUUCACGAAACCGAAUCGAUGGACGCGAAAUUCCAAGAAAAAUUUUAUCAGCCAAGUGGCAGAACUUACUCAACUCUCUGUCGUUAGUAUCGGCCCGAAAAGUCGAUAAAAACGUCACGAAAAGGACUGAACACCACGAAACAACACGCAUCUUUAGAGCGACGAUUCUCGCACGAAUAUUCACAGCGCUCGUGGCAAGUGAACGAUCCAAUCGUUAUGGGAAGUGAAACGACAAUAAUUUGCUUUAAAAACCUCAUGCUAGGCGAGAGAGGGCCUGACAUGGAUGGCCUAACGCGACUUAUUGUUUUUCAACUAUUGGCAACUAAAAUACAGGAACUAUGCUCAUAUCUGCCACGGUUCGACGACCAUUCGGCACAGGAAGUCAUCAACAGAUUUAUCAAAUAUAUUAUUUCAGCAAAAUACGUAGCACACGAAUAAAGAAAUUUUGUGUACUCCAUCGCAA